CCUCACAAAACACACUUACGGCUAGCGCUCGGAGACGGCGUUCAUGUAGCGCAGCAUCUCGCGGCGGCCGGCGUCGCGCGCGCGGUCCUCGGCCGACUUGUCGACCUUGAGCUUGAUCCGCUUGCCCGAGACGGCCGAGCGGACGACGUCGCUCCCCGAGGAGGACGAGGACGAGGACGAGGACGAUGCGGACCGUUUCCGUUUUCGCUUCUCCUUCUUCCGGCGCUUCUUCUCCUUCUUCCGUUUCUUUUUUUCGCGCUUGCGCUCCUUCUUCUCCCUGCGCUUCUCGCGGCGCCGCUUGGCGUCGCGGCCGCCGAGCGACGAGGCCGACGACGACGACGCGUCGUCGCGCCGGCUGCGCGACAAUUGCGCGGCGGCGUCCGGGUAAUAGCCCGUCGCGCCGUCGCGCGUCGUGAAGACCAUGCCGGCACGUGGGCCGGCAUAUCGUGCCGCGGGCUCGAAGGCAGGCAUGCUUAAGCUGCACCCAAAGCUGUCCACCGCUGUGAUGUGGGACGACGAUGCGUGGAAGUUUAGCAGCGCUCGUUGACAGCCUAGAGGAGGCGUCGAAACGCGGCGUAGGGGACCAAGCUGAGACCGCCCGCCUGUCAAAAAGUCAAUCGAUCAGAAAAACCCGC